AUGCCAAUUACGCUUACUGAAGCAGCACUGGUGUUCGAAAGAGAUACAGUUGCUCUGUGGGAUCUGCGUAACCUGAGACUGAAGCUGCACUCCUUCGAGUCUCACCGUGAUGAGAUAUUUCAGGUUCAGUGGUCUCCGCACAAUGAAACCAUACUAGCCAGUUCUGGAACUGACCGAAGAUUACAUGUGUGGGAUUUGAGCAAGAUUGGAGUUGACCAAACUGCGGAAGACGCUGAAGAUGGCCCACCAGAACUCCUCUUCAUCCAUGCGGGGCAUACUGCUAAAAUAUCGGAUUUCUCUUGGAACAUCAAUGACCCAUGGACGAUAUGCUCUGUGUCGGAAGACAACAUUCUGCAGAUUUGGCAAAUGGCGGAGAAUAUUUACAAUGACGAUGAAUUAGAAAUGGGCAACAUAGGACUUGAGGGUCACGGCUGA